UACAUCAUUUUCUUUAAUGACAGGUCUGGUGAUUUAAUUUGCAGUGCCUCUGUUAACCUCAUUGUCUCCUGUAUAAAGAGGCUUUGAUCACUGAGGACUUGGGCAUUUGAAACGUCCUGGGCUGCAUGUGUCAAUUGCACCAGCUGUUUAAUGCUGAAAGAGAACUUCUUUGACGUAUGAGCAGCAGUGCUCGACGUGUUGCUGGUAGAGUCAUGACCCUGAGACAAGCCAAUGGCUGCAAACAGCUGACCUUGACCAUUGGCCUGACCCUGACUCUAGGCCUGCUGCAAUGGCCAGUAGCAGAUGUUAGUGGUCAGAAUGGACCGUCUGCUACGCAAGUCCUUCAGGAGCUGCUGACACGCUAUGGCGACAACACCAGCAUCUCUGUCCCUCAGCUGCGAGCGCUCCUCAUGCGCUUAAAUGGAGACCAGAUUGGAGACCAUGUUGCGCAGACACAACCCACCAAAACCAACGCAUCUAAGUGCUUGGCUGCAGACACUUUGGCAGUGUAUGGGAUGAGCGAACAGUCUCGUAUAGAUGGACGUGGCCUGCAUGAAAUCUGCCCUUCUAUUAUACAGCAGCUGGACUCUCAAGCGUGCAAGACCCAACCGGACCAAGAGUCUGAGAGCAGCCCCAGACCCACUUAUGCUGAGGUGUGGGGUUACUCAUUUUUGAGUGUGACUCUGAUAAGUGCGUUCGCUUUGACUGGUGUGUUUGUGGCGCCCCUGAUGAGGACGCGGUUCAUGCGCAGAGUACUCAUCUAUUUCAUCGCUCUGUCCAUCGGAACCUUGUUGUCCACCGCCAUCCUGCAGCUCCUGCCUGAGGCCUUUGGAUUUGACCCCAUGGAAGAUUAUUAUGUGUCCAAGUCUGCGGUCGUGUUUGGAGGAUUCUACCUGUUCUUCUUUACAGAGAAAGUCCUGAAGAUGAUCUUGAAGCCAAAGGACAAGGGGGGGCAUGGCCACGGCCACAGUCACUUUCCUGCAGAGCACUAUGCCAACUCUAAUGGAGACCUGGAGGAUGGCGUGAUGGAGAAACUGCAGAAUGGAGAAGCUGGAGAAGCAUCUUUACCCAGAGUGGAAGGUGAUGUCAGAGAGCUUAGAGAAGAUGACAAAAUGAUCAGCACUGGGCAGACAGUACAGGACUCUCAGAGUUCAGGUGGUGCUGGAACGGGUGGAUGUUAUUGGCUUAAGGGCAGGGCAUACUCUGACAUCGGUACUCUGGCAUGGAUGAUCACUUUGAGUGACGGUCUGCACAAUUUCAUUGAUGGUUUGGCUAUCGGAGCCUCCUUCACUGCUUCUGUGUUUCAGGGCAUCAGUACAUCAGUGGCAAUUCUUUGUGAAGAGUUUCCACAUGAGUUGGGUGAUUUUGUAAUCCUGCUAAACGCUGGAAUGAGCAUCCAGCAGGCACUCUUCUUUAACUUCCUGUCAGCGUGCUGCUGUUAUCUGGGCAUGGGCUUCGGAAUCCUGGCUGGGAACAAUUUCUCUCCUAACUGGAUCUUUGCUCUAGCCGGAGGCAUGUUCCUCUACAUUGCACUGGCUGAUAUGUUUCCGGAGAUGAAUGAGGUGAGUCGUGAAGAAGAGGAGGCCGGAGGAAGUGGAUCUCUGCUAACUUUCGCCAUCCAGAACGCAGGGCUGCUCACAGGGUUUGGCAUCAUGCUUGUACUCACCAUCUACUCUGGACAGAUACAGCUUGGAUAACUGAGGACCUAAAUACAAACUCAGACACUGAAGGACUUUCUCAGCACCUGGACUAAAACCUGAGACCUACUGGGACCUCCAGACUUUAAUAUGAGCUAGCAGUGCUGGCUUGUUUUAAAACGUUUGCCCAGCUGGACUAGGUAAUGACAUAAAUUGAAGUAUUUUGGACAUAGUUUUGGCUCAGAGUAAACCCUGGACUGUUUAAAUGAGGCUAGAAAUGACUGACCCGCGAACUUUGCUUUAAAUUCAUCCAAAACCUGGGACCUGUUGAUGCAUGUGGUACCAUUCAAUCUAGUUAAGGACUUCUCUUGGUCCUUAGCCUCAAAGCUUUAGGACAGUGAUGUCCCUGUAUCGUGUGGAUUCUCAUUCCCCAACAUCUGGGCAUUUUUGUAUUGAUUUCUAAGGUUCUCACGGUUUAAUUAUUAUUGUGUUUUUCAACCAAAUGUCUCUUUCCCUCAGAGAAAGGCCUUUCUCCUAAUCCUGACCAAGAGAUUUAGAGUAUUGUCCUGUAACUGAUGUGUAACGGGAUGAAACUUUCGUUAUUUAAUUUUUCCCCUUAAUGUCAUUCCGUUAUGGCAAGCAAAAACUAUAGAUGCUUGAAACACAAAGGCACUAAUUCUUGUUUUUGAAGGUUUUUAUUUGACCUCUUUAACAAAAAAAAAGCAGAGACCAAGGUUCUUCUAGAAAAAUUUCCUGUUUCUUUUAUCUUUUCAUUUACAUGACCAGAAUAAGUGGUGCAUAGUUUCACAAACACCCUCCUAUCAUUUGUACUUUCUAGAACUUUGCGUAUUAAUUGACAGAGUAAAAUGAACACAUCGACCUCAAUUAAUUUAAUUAUUAUGAUAAUUACUCUUACAAAACUCCAUAAAACACCUAUUUUCUACAUGCUUUUGUUUGAUCUGAAUGCAGUACUCUUCAUAAUUUAAGAAAUAAUUAGGAAAUGCAGACAAAAUGUGUGCAUAAAGGUGGUGUUGUAAUGUUUCUAUAAUAAUAUGAUCAUUCCUCUACAUACAGCACUGCAGCACAAUACUUCGAGCGCUUUGCUAAUUUAGCAUCUAGACUGACAGAAGUCAUAUUGAUUAUCGCUGGAUUUAAAGCUGAAGUGUGUAAUAUCUAAGGCACUAGUUUAGUCAUAUGUUAUUACAAAAUUGAGUUUUGAAAAGUUUUUUUCAAAUUCAGUGUUUAAACUUUUAGGGGGAAAAAUCAAUAAACAAAUGACUUGCUUGUAAAAUUGAUGUUUGCAUAUUAAGAUGGGAUAGGAGAUUUUUUUCCAACAUUGAAAAAAUGACACUUCAGCAUUAAAGAUGGCUUAAGUUUUAGAAGUGAAAUUUAGAAGUCAAUUCCUAAUUCUAAAAUCUGCUAGUAGUAAUAUUCUUAUACAUAUGAUCUGUAAUACAGAUGUAGAAUUUAUAUGCAGCACAAUAUAAUUUCAGUGUUUAGAACAAGCUAUGAGAUUAUUCAGAAACUGAUCUUACACUUUUGAUUAAACAGUAUAUCCCUUGGUUUCACUUUUGUCUUCCACAUAAAAUGUAUUUUCCAUUAUGCUUCCAUUGCUUAAUAUUCAUGCUAUAUUCGUAUCUGCUGUUGCACUACUAGUUUAAAGGUGUAAUACACAGUACAUCAGUUGAACCUGAUACCCUAGUAUGCUAUUGAGCGAAUAGUUAAUAGAUCAUUCUGUUCAUCUUAUGAAAGGUCAUUUUAGCUCUCUGUGAAUAAGAACAUGAUAAGUUAUUGUGCGUAUGGUCAACAACAGAUCUGAGUAACUUACUAUCGGCGUUAUUUUUUUUUUUUUUUUUUUUUUUAAAUGCUCCUUUGUUUGUUAAGUGUAUUCAGCUUUGUGUGCAGCCAUUGUUUCAGCUGGCGUCUUAUUGCUAUGCAUCAACAUGUUCUCUGAAGUGAGUUUAUGCCUUAAAGAGAGGAGGUAGUCUCAACGCCAUGCAUCAUUCAGUGGUAAAAAUGUUCAAGUUUUUUUUUUACCUCAUUUUAAAUUCAGUUGAUUUAUGUAUUUUGUCAUUAGUAAUUGUAUUUAAAUGAUAAGGUGUUUUAUUUUGUUGUUGUGUGAGAGUUUGUGAGCACUCUUUUUGUUGUUGUUUGUUUGUUUGUGGCAUUUGAGAGCAAGUGUACUUGUUAUAAUGAAGGCAUUUUUUAAUUACUGUAAACAUCUCAAGUGUUGUGAGUCAUGAUACCUGUGCAACAUGUGAAAUCUGAUUGCUGGUAAUUUUUUAUUUUAUUAUUAUUAAGCCAUGAGCUUUUAGUUCAACUUUUGUGCAAUGGAAAAAAGAAAAGAAAAACAUAAUACAAUCUGAUCCAAAUUUGAAA